AGCCGAGCCCCUCUAUGCCUCAGCACGCAGAGUGGAGCAGACGGCAACAGCCACACAAACACACUCCACACACCACCACCACCGCCGCCGCCACCACCACCACACACACACAGUGACGGCUGCCAGGCGCAGUGGGAAGCAAGCCGUCAGGGAGAGAGCUUGAGAAGAAAGAGAGGGAUCGCAGAGGGGAAGAGAAGAAAAGAGUUGGAGGAGGCACCUUGUGGAUCAGAGGGGAUUUUCCUCUGUGUGAGAGCGCGUCUGGAUAGGACUAUCUGCUUCUUCCUGAGCGAGAGGAGUUUUUACCGAGGCUUUUUCUUUUUCGCUCAUCCUCCACGCCGGGCUCCUGCGAUAUCUACCUAUCUAUCCCCGGAGCUUAACAAAAGAGGGAGGGAGUGAGAGAGAGUGAGAAGAAAGGCAGUCACAGCUUCAGCUCCAGACCACCCUCUCUACUCCUCCUCCUCGUCCUCCUCCUCCUCUCCUCCUCUCUCUAGCUCCACAUCCAUGUGUGAGUUCAUCGCUGAUUUCACUGUCUUUUGAGGAUAGAGCAGAGGACAGUGUGUGUCCUCCAGGAUACAGCCGAGCUCCCGGUGGGAUCAGGGUCUCGCCUGGUGUGAGAGAGAGAGAGAGAGAGAGAGGGAGCAAGAACGAAACAGGGAAACGGAUACACAGGAAGAGAAAAAGAGACGGAGAGAGACAAGAGUAAGAGACGCCGGAAAGCAAAUUGAGGGGCAUGUUCAGGGCAGCAGAGAAGAAGAGUGGGUCUGAUUUUUAGAGCGGAGAGUGCAAGGAACCGGCAACCGGAUCCCAUCCAUUCCUCCCUUCUCCUCCUCCUUCUCCUCCUCCUCAUCCUCAUCCUCUUCUUCCCCUUUCCUCUUACCCUCUCUCCGUCCUGCUCUUCAAUUCCUCUAUUGUUUCCUGUGUUGCCUCCUACUAUCCUUUCAUAUUUUCCUUUCCUUUCCUCACCCCCUUCUCCCCCUCAGCCCCCCCUUUUUUGCUGUCAGUCCGGAUUCUCUCCAUCUCUCUUUGCAGACCUGUCUCUCUCUUUGUGAGGUUCCCUGUGAGCUCCCAGACAAGUAGACAGACUAAAAUCCCAAGUACUAUCUGUCCUCCUAUCCCUCCCUUCCUCUGCGCGUUCAUCACACACACACACACCUCAGUAAGAGGAGAACGUUCUCUCUCUGCAUCCUCCACUCUUGGAAACAGUCGUCUGAAGGAUCCAGGCCAGCCUCUCAGAGUGAUCGUACGCCACCUUCGAGCUCCUAUCUCCAGCCUCCAGGACCUUCAAUUGGAUUCCAGCUACAUGGGAAAACGUUUGGAGCAGCAGCCAAUGUACCCCCACUACACCUACUACUACCCCCACUAUCUCCAGACCAAGCAGUCCUAUGCUCCUCCCCCUCCGCCAAUGGCUCCGCCCAGUCCAGGCACCACAGGAGGAGGAGGAGGUGGAGGUGGAGGAGGAGGUCAUGGAGGAGGGCUAGUGGAGCAGCUAAGUAAGACCAACCUGUACAUCAGAGGUCUGCCACCUGCCACCACUGACCAGGACCUCAUCAAACUCUGCCAGCCAUAUGGGAAGAUUGUGUCAACAAAGGCCAUCCUAGACAAGAACACCAAUCAAUGCAAAGGCUAUGGCUUUGUGGACUUUGACAGCCCUGCAGCAGCUCAGAAGGCUGUGGCCUCGCUCAAAGCCAGUGGAGUCCAGGCACAGAUGGCGAAGCAACAGGAGCAGGACCCCACCAACCUCUACAUCUCGAACCUCCCGCUGUCCAUGGAUGAGCAGGAGCUGGAGAACAUGCUGAAGCCCUUCGGUCACGUCAUUUCUACGCGGAUACUGAGGGACGCCAAUGGCCUGAGCAGAGGAGUCGGCUUUGCUAGGAUGGAGUCGACAGAGAAGUGCGACGUGGUGAUUCAAAAUUUCAACGGGAAAUUCUUGAAAACCCCUCCAGGCAUGACAGCCCCUGCAGAGCCAUUGCUGUGCAAGUUCGCUGACGGAGGCCAGAAGAAGAGGCAGACCCAAGUCAAGUAUCCCCAGAAUGGCCGACCGUGGACACGGGAAGGAGAGAGUGGUAUGGCGUUGACGUAUGAUCCCACCGCGAUGCAGAAUGGGUUCUAUUCUUCACCAUACAGCAUCUCCACCAAUCGGAUGAUUGCACAGACGUCAAUCACGCCCUUCAUCGCUGCCUCUCCUGUCUCUACAUAUCAGGUCCAGAGUACAUCUUGGAUGCCACAUCAACAGUAUGUUAUGCAACCUACAGGUGCUGUGAUCACCCCAGCGACGGCCAUCGAGCCCAGUUUGUCUCUUCACCCCUCCGGUGUAAUGGCUCCUCUCACCCAGCAGAUGAACCACCUGUCUCUGGGCACCACAGGCACCUACAUGCCUGCUGCAGCGGCUGCUCCUAUGCAAGGAACCUACAUUCCCCAGUACACUGCAGUGCCUGCCUCUGCCAUCACAGUGGAAGGCGUGGUGACAGACCCAUCUCCACAGACAGCCGCCCCCUCUUCCCAGGACGCCAGUGGGCAGCAGCCCUUAUCAGUGGAGAAUACAGGAGAUCAUGCCACAGCCUACUCUUACCAGCAGUCUAAAUAACAAGAUUGGUAGGAAUCAUUGCUGCAUUGCCUUUAGAAGGACUGCACUGAGGCGCUGGAGACAUGGAGGGAAUCAAAAUGAAACAAGGACAAAAAAAGAGGUGACAUGGGCAACACUGAGGGGAGAAUGCUUCCACUGUGCACAGGCACCAAAUAAAAGACAAAAUGAAAAAAAAAAUCAAUUAUAUUUCUUACCUGGUUGAACCAACAAAAAGACAGAGGAGGAAAAAAAAGAAACGCUGGUUUGCUGAACUUGAGGACAAUGAAUUCAAAUGCAGUCUGCAACUUUGAGUUUAUCAUUUCUCACUGUGAGACUGGACUUUGCCUCCAAAGGAAAAAGAGAAGACAUCGACUGAAAUCUAAACUCAACCAACAAGCUGUACAGAAAAAAAGAACAUUUGAAUGUGCAGGUAGAUUUUCAGACUUUUUUUAUUAAAAAAAGGAAGGAAGCAAAGUCUAGAGAAAAAAAACAGGUUGUCUUCCUUUGAUAUUAAGCUACAUUAUUUUCAUUCUUUUUAUUAUUUGAGUAGUUUUCUAGAAUAUCAAUGUUUUCGUAAAUCUUUAUUGCCUUAAUUUUCUCAAACUUUGGGAAAAAAAGUUUCCAUAGUGUUGAAUUAUUAAAAAAAAAAAGAGUGGUUGAAUGAUUUGAGAGCUUCUUGGAAAGUUCUGUGAUGAAAUCUACAAAGCUAUUUGUACAGGAUUUAAGAAAAAAAAUAAGGUUGUAAUUGUAUGAAGAUGAUUUUAAAUUAUGUGGUGCAGUGCAGCUGAUGUUGGAUGGUAAGAAAAAAAAAAUCUUCUUUAAUGCGGGAAGGGUCAAUCCACUGCUUCCUGGAAAAUGCAGUUAAGUUUAACCAUGGGAUAAAAAGUUAUGUUUCUUCAUCACAUUUGUAUUUUUUGUUUGUUUGUUUUUCGAUUGCAGUCUUUUUACCUUCAAAAGGUUUUUGCUUUGCCUGCUUUGCUUGUCUCACUGCAAAAAAAAGAAAAGUAAAAAAAAAGGAACAUUUCUGACUUUGAGAAAAGCAGAAAAAAAAAACGCUAGGAUUUUUAAAUGUGCAAAAAGCAAUAGUUUUAGUAAAACUGUUGACAGUUUCUUGAGUCUUUCUUAACCGUUGAACAAAAGCAGCCAGCAGGUGGCAUAUUUUAUACCAAAGAUGAAGAAACUAGGUAGUGAAGAGAUCUUCCUUAUGUUGCUUUUUCUUGAUUUUUUCUCACCUCUGAAACUGAGAUGUUUCUUGCUUGUCAUGCUGCUGGCGUGCGAGAUGACUUUAUCAGUGACUGAGGACAUGCAGUAGGUCUUUAACACAACUGCCUCAACCAGAAGAGUGUGCUCUGAGAUGUUUUGUUUGUCAUGUGAUCAAACGCGGUGAUGAUCUGUAGUGGCGCUGUAACAUCUGUUGAGAGACCAGACACCCUGUGUGAUAUGGAGAGAGUGGAGGAGGUAGGUAUGUUAUUGGGAAGUUGGUAUGCUCAGUUUGGUGAUAAAGAGGCUGAAAACGCAUUAUGUCCUGUGGAAAAUUGGUGUGUACUCCACCUUCUUCAGGCUGCGUUGACCAAUCUGAAAUCCUCAUCACAACAGCUUAAAUGUUCUCAUUUUGAAACGCAUAGUCUCAGUCCAUAAGACAAACUGUUUUACGCCGCUGUCUUGCCAAACACAAGCCAUUUAAAAUGUGAGCAAGCGAUGAUCUCUCUUAGAGGAAAGGGCAUUUCUGUUAAACAAAAUCAUUUCAGCUUCUGUAUAUUCUACGAGGACGAGGAGAGAUGUUUUGUUUUUCUUUAUGUGUUGCCUUUUUUUUUUGUCUUUUUUAAAAAUUGAUUAUGAUGUGUGAGCUGCUAAACACUUUUCAUUAUUGGGGACUGAGGCAGGCUUGUGUUGGGUGGGUGUGGACGAGGUACACCUCCAGCAAUUUGAAGCCAAGAUCACAACAGUUAAUUGUUAUCCAUGACUUGGGUGCGUAAAAACUUCCCACAAGUCUUGAGAGAACAGACAUGUUCCUGCGUGCAGCCCUCGAAAAAACACACUGAAAUACUCUCGUCUUCAAUAGGUGAAAUCAACAAAUAGGAAUCUGCACUAUUGUAAGUGUAGUAAAAGGGCAUCAGUUGAGAACAAAAACACUAACAGACUUUAACUUGCUGACACUGGCCCAGAGGUCACACCCUUGAAGCCCCACCUACCUGACCCGCCUUCACCAAUGAAAAGAAGCUAAUGGAGACGUGAGGAACAGACGGACACACAGAAAAAGCGUGGUUCAACCAAAAUCAAGCAGAUACAAACCUCUAUGGGAAAAAAAAUAAAUUAUUUGAAAGAAGAGAGAAAGUAGAGUAAGCAAGAACAAAAAGAAUAUUUAUGAGAUCUGUUUUUUGUACAGGUGUGUAAAAGAAGAUGCAACAGAAAUAACUUUGAUGAUGCUAUUUUUUUAUUUGCUUGGUCACAUGCCUCCCAUGUCUUUCAAAUUGUGAUUCUGAGAGUGUCUGUAGAACCAGUGGAUAUUGCUGUAGUUUCAAAAUGUCUCUUUUCUUUUUGUUUUCUUUUUAGACAAAUCUUUCAAUAAAAAAAAAAGAAAUGUUUCAAACA